GUAACAGAUUGGAGUAUUCAAAACCCAGAGAAGUGCCUGUUUUCAACUUUUUACACACAAUGAUUAUUAGUUAUUUGGAGAGCACAAGACUACUGCUUUGAAUUAUAAAAAAUAAAAAUAUAGACCAACCUGUCUACUUGACAAAUAUAUUAUAGGCUACAGAACACAUUCUCAUGGUGCUCUCUUUAUUUGCUCCUACUGGAGUAAGGGAAAGGUGUUCGUAACAAGUGCUGAAUGUCACCUCCAGUUCCAAUGGAUUAUAACCAGACCAUGGCUCCUCCAGUGCCGCCGCACAAAACCAAAACUACCCGGCCAGGUGAGGCUCAGGAGCGGGUGUUGAAGUGCGUACUACUCGGCGAUGGAGCGGUUGGGAAGACCAGCCUGGUUGUCAGCUACACAACGAAUGGCUAUCCAACGAAAUACGUCCCCACUGCGUUUGAUGACUUUUCAGGUGAGCCAGUUAAAACCAUUUCUUGCGGUACUAUUCUUGGACAAAAAUAAUGAUAGAUGUGUCUCCUACAGAUAUCAAAUCUGCAACUUCCCAGCCAGAUAAAAUAAUAAACAUAAAACAUGUUUUCUGUUGCACAUUGCUACGUUUUGAUUUGGACUAUGGGACAACACGUAUAUAUAUAUAUAUUGCACAUUGCUACAUUGUAACAAAGCCUUAAUUGACCAUAGUGAACAUCUCUGUUACAUUGUAACGGGGAAAUGCGCUGGCUCUCCCUUGCAGCCACCCUUUCUGCUGAAUGAAUCAGCUAACUUUUCUUCUUUCAUUUUGCUGACCUCGAGGCUAACAGCAGCGACGGUCUGUGCAGGUCUUUGUAUUAUUGCACACAAAUGAUAUGCCCUGGUCAUUUUAUACGCCCUGGCCUGUUGUAUUUUCCAGUUGGCAGAAUUCCAUUUUCCAAAACGCUGCCACUAGCAAAUUUUUGUCUAAUGUACAAAACGGUUGAAAACUUAAACGGCAUACUUGUUUAAACUAACCUCCGUUGGCAAGCAAUUGACGACAACGCCCGCACACACUGAUGUUAUCGCGUCAUUAUCGCAGGAGAGGCCUAUUCUUCCUUUUGAAGUCUUCCCUAUAAACUUGAUCUCAGGAAACCUCCACCAAAACACAAUGUCUGAAUUCAUCUAAACUUGCAUGACAUGAUAACUCUAGGGGAGGCUUGAUUAGGAAAAUGUGACACCCUCUUUAUGACCAUCCAAAAUUAUAAUUAGACACAGCUGCCUUUACUUAUCCUUUCAUCAGGAAUAUAAAUCUAUUAUAACCAUUCUAUUAUUCUAAACACCGAACUAUACUUUUUCCAACCGUUAUGGAAGGUUUUGAAUGAGAAUAUUGCAUAUUUUAAUAGGCUUAUACACACACUAACACUUUUAAUAUUCAUCCCUCCCUCACUGCCCUCAGAAAUACAAGUUAUAAGGCCUAAACUGAACAAAACAUGCUUGUUGAACAUGGUUCUCGCAGGCAGGCAUGGUUUUGAAUUGCACAACUCUGGCCAUUGUUGUCAGCCUUGACCUAAAAGCCGUCUCUCUGCUAUAAUGGAAUGGACACAUCUGUUGCAAUGGCUCUGAGCAGAGAUUGUCUUUCGCCCCCGUGACAGAGAGGGAUUGUGCAGUUGGGGCCCCAUUUGAUGAUGUCAUGUAUCUGUCGCUGAAAUCAGAGCCCUCUUUUGAAAGCUGAUUUCUGGGCAGUUAUGCAAUUCCACAGGUGACACUUGGGGUAGAGGAAAGAGAGGGAGGAAGGGAUGGAGAGAGGGGAGGGCAGAGAGUUUUGGGCCCAAGUAGAAUACAAGGCAGAUCAUAUGUCAGGGAUUUGGGAAUGAUUGCACAAUAGGCGCUGGGUUUAAUGAGGAGUAGUACUCAGCUCUUUGAUCAGGUGGUGUGACUGUAUACCCCGGGCGCCUUGUAAACGCUUCCAUAAGCUUCACCACAUUGAGCUCUUUUGAAACAUGGCCUAUAAUGAAACUGCUAGUGACAUGACUCAUAGCACUCUUCCAAUCUGGAGAGAGCUAUUGGGAGAGUCACUAAACAAACAAAUAUGCUUUGUUUUCCUCUGUAGACAGCUUGGCAGGGCUUUCAAAGCUUGAAAGAACACAUAAUAUGGUAUGAAAGAGAGUAGUUACUGCCUUUACUUUAACUGGGCGAGUGGGUGGGCGAGACAUGCCGCCAUUCUGAGUUAGGGGGAUGGGUGAGGUUUCUGUCCACUGUGUCCAGGGGGUAUGAAGUACGUCAAACUGGCUUGCUUUUGUUUUUCCCAGAGGAUAUUUUGGUGGGCUGGUCUCUCCUCUGUCAGAGGUCUCUCUCUCCCUCUCUCUGUGUGUGUAUGUUUGUUUAAAGUGUCAGGUGAAGCAAUGUGGAGGCAGCUGAUUUAACACACUCUCUCUCUCUCUCUCUCUCUCUCUCUCUCUCUCUCUCUCUCUCUCUCUCUCUCUCUCUCUCUCUCUCUCUCUCUCUCUCUCUCUCUCUCUCUCUCUCUCUCUCUCUCUCUCUCUCUCUCUCCCCCCACAGCGGUGGUGCAGGUGGAUGGACACCCUGUGAGACUACAGCUCUGUGACACUGCUGGACAGGUGAGAACCACAGUGUCACAUCGACAUGCAACAGAGCAACACUCCACAUACUACAUACAGUGCUUCCACAUAGUAUGCUUCGCCAGUUGGCGCUGCAUCGCUGCGUUCACCACUCUCUGUCAAAUUAUGCUGAGCAUCACUGAACUUCCCCAACGUCCAUUCUCCUUCUUCUGCUUGGUUCUCAUACAUGUCACAUGAUUUUAGAGUCAGAGUUGGCUUUUGUCCACCACUCUUGCAUGUCGUCUUUGCUGGCGAGUAUUGCACAAGGCAGCAUUCUUGGGCACGGUCUUAUUUCCCAGGCUCUCCCACAACUCUGUGGCAGCUGUGGGGCCCACUGGUUCUCUAACACCCCCCUAGAGAGAGAUGAAUUCCUGGGCUCUGCUGCCACUCUACAUCUGAAGUGGGAACCAGGCAAAUCCAUUGGCAUAGCUUUUGGGUGAUGGGGGUUGAGAGGGGGGAUUUGGAAAUGGUGAGAGGUGAUAGAACGGGUUGAACUCAUUAGAACAGAACAGGUCUGGGGUGAAGCCACAUUGUGUGGCAACCGCUAAGCGGGAGGGAGACAACGCAAUCGCAGCAGGUAGCUGUUAAUGCAUGUUUUUUAAAAUCUCGUUCUGCUCUCUCCCUCUCUUCCCCUCACUCCAUCUCUUCCCCUCACCCCCUCUCUUCCCCUCACUCCCUCUCUCUGUAGUUGUGCAGGCAUAGGCAGGAAUGGUUGGUGUAACUGAGAGUUGUGCCCCUGAGCUCUGAGUGUCAUGCCAAGCCUUUUAAUAUGAUUAGAUUGUUCUAGAAAGGGAACAGGUUGUGAAAGCCCUGGUGUUUUCUCUCUGGGCAUGGGUGGUGUCGUAAUCUCAUUCUAUAGCUAGCUACAACCCAGCCCAGAGAGCAUAGUUUAGUUUAGUUUAUUAGGAUACCCAUUAGCUACUGUACAUGCAGCAGCUACUAUUCCUGGGGUCCACAUAAAACAUACAAAUACAUGACAAAGUACAGAACAGUAAUAGACAAGAAUACAUUAAAUUCAAAAUAAAAAUGUUUUAUAGGAAAGACACCAAGAGACAACAAAAAUACUAUUUACACACUUAAUAUAUACAGUGGGGAGAACAAGUAUUUGAUACACUGCCGAUUUUGCAGGUUUUCCUACUUACAAAGCAUGUAGAGGUCUGUAAUUUUUAUCAUACGUACACUUCAACUGUGAGAGACGGAAUCUAAAACAAAAAUCCUGAAAAUCACAUUGUAUGAUUUUUAAGUAAUUCAUUUGCAUUUUAUUGCAUGACAUAAGUAUUUGAUCACCUACCAACCAGUAAGAAUUCCGUCUCUCACAGACCUGUUCGUUUUUCUUUAAGACGCCCUCCUGUUCUCCACUCAUUACCUGUAUUAACUGCACCUGUUUGAACUCGUUACCUGUAUAAAAGACACCUGUCCACACACUCAAUCAAACAGACUCUAACCUCUCCACAAUGGCCAAGACCAGAGAGCUGUGUAAGGACUUCAGGGAUAAAAUUGUAGACCUGCACAAGGCUGGGAUGGACUACAGGACAAUAGGCAAGCAGCUUGGUGAGAAGGCAACAACUGUUGGCGCAAUUAUUAGAAAAUGGAAGAAGUUCAAGAUGACGGUCAAUCACCCUCGGUCUGGGGCUCCAUGCAAGAUCUCACCUCGUGGGGCAUCAAUGAUCAUGAGGAAGGUGAGGGAUCAGCCCAGAACUACACGGCAGGACCUGGUCAAUGACCUGAAGAGAGCUGGGACCACAGUCUCAAAGAAAACCAUUAGUAACACACUACGCCGUCAUGGAUUAAAAUCCUGCACGCAAGGUCCCCCUGCUCAAGCCAGUGCAUGUCCAGGCCCGUCUGAAGUUUGCCAAUGACCAUCUGGAUGAUCCAGAGGAGGAAUGGGAGAAGGUCAUGUGGUCUGAUGAGACAAAAAUAGAGCUUUUUGGUCUAAACUCCACUCGCCGUGUUUGGAGGAAGAAGAAGGAUGAGUACAACCCCAAGAACACCAUCCCAACCGUGAAGCAUGGAGGUGGAAACAUGAUUCUUUGGGGAUGCUUUUCUGCAAAGGGGACAGGACGACUGCACCGUAUUGAGGGGAGGAUGGAUGGGGCCAUGUAUCGCGAGAUCUUGGCCAACAACCUCCUUCCCUCAGUAAGAGCAUUGAAGAUGGGUCGUGGCUGGGUCUUCCAGCAUGACAAUGACCCGAAACACACAGCCAGGGCAACUAAGGAGUGGCUCCGUAAGAAGCAUCUCAAGGUCCUGGAGUGGACAGCCCCAAAACCUGAAGGAAAUGGAGAAGGUCUGUAUGGAGGAGUGGGCCAAAAUCCCUGCUGCAGUGUGUGCAAACCUGGUCAAGACCCACAGGAAACGUAUGAUCUCUGUAAUUGCAAACAAAGGUUUCUGUACCAAAUAUUAAGUUCUGCUUUUCUGAUGUAUCAAAUACUUAUGUCAUGCAAUAAAAUGCAAAUGAAUUACUUAAAAAUCAUACAAUGUGAUUUUCAGGAUUUUUGUUUUAGAUUCCGUCUCUCACAGUUGAAGUGUACCUAUGAUAAAAAUUACAGACCUCUACAUGCUUUGUAAGUAGGAAAACCUGCAAAAUCGGCAGUGUAUCAAAUACUUGUUCUCCCCACUGUAUAUAUUAAUAUUAUUAUAUACAGUACAGUUAAAUUAGAUCUUUAGAAAGAGGAGAGGCGCUGUGAUACAAUGUUUUGUAUCUGGGUUUUUUUAAGCUAAACUUGCUUUUUGCCUGAGUAACCUAUGGUGGCAGAGCAUUCCACAAUGACAUGAGCGACACAUUAAAUCUGUUUUUGGUUUGGGUACCGUGAAGAAACCCAUAGCGUCGUGUCUGGUGGGGUAUGUAUGUCAGUUUGAAGUGUAUGCGAAUAGAUUAUACAAGUGGUUAGGCAUUUUCAACACACAAAUGUUUCUUAAAAAGACUAGCAGAGAAUUAGUCAAUUUCUCCUCAACCCUCAACCAUGAAAGAUUAUCAUGCAUUUUGUUGAUGUUAGUUCUGUGUGUGCAGUUAAGGGCAGGGCGUGCUGCUUUGUUUUGAGCCAGCUGCAGCUUUGCUAGGUCUUUCUUUGCUUCACCUAACCAUAUUACCGGAAAGUAAUCAAGAUGGGACAAGAUUCAAAGCCUGAAUAAGUAGUACAGUUGAUCUUUGUGUCAAAAACGCAGAACAUCUUUUUUAUAAGAGACAUACCUCUUCCCAUCUUCACAACAACUUUGUCAAUAUGACUUGACCAUGAUAACUGACCAUCCAAUGUUACUCCUAGAAGUUCAGGUUUUUCAACUUGUUCAAUGGUUACACCAUUUAUGCACAACUCCAGUUGAGGUUUAGGUCUAAGAGAAUGCUUUGAACCAAAUGCAUUACUUUUGGUUUUAGAUGUAUUUAAGACCAGUUUAUUGUUAAGUCCUUGCUAAGAGUCUCAGUGAGCUCACUGGCUGUGGGUGGUGAUGUGUAGAGUGUGCAAUCAUCAGCAUACAUAGUCAUUUUACCUUCUUGUAAGACAAGUGGCAAAUCAUUUGUAGAAAUAGAGAAGAGUAAUGUCCCAAGGCAACUGCCCUGAGGGAUACCGCACUGUACAUAUCUGAUGUUAGAGAAGCUUCCAUUGAAGAUUACUCUCUGAGUUCUAUUGGAUAAAUAACUCUCCAACCAUGUGAUGGCAGGUGAUGUAAAGCCAUAACAAGUGAGUUUUUUCAAUAACAAAUUAUGAUCAAUAACACCAAAGGCUGCACUGAAAUCUAACAAUACAGCUCGAACUAUCAUCUUAUUAGCCAUUUAUUUUAGCCAAUCAUCAGUCAUCUGAGUCAGUGCAGUGAGUGAGUGCCCUUCCCUAUAUAUAUAUAUAUACAGUGAGGGAAAAAAGUAUUUGAUCCCCUACUGAUUUUAGACAUUUGCCCACUGAAAAAGACAUGAUCAGUCUAUAAUUUUAAUGGUAGGUUUAUUUGAACAGUGAGAGACAGAAUAACAACAAAAAAAUCCAGAAAAACGCAUGUCAAAAAUGUUAUAAAUUGAUUUGCAUUUGAAUGAGGGAAAUAAGUAUUUGACCCCUCUGCAAAACAUGACUUAGUACUUGGUGGCAAAACCCUUGUUGGCAAUGACAGAGGUCAGACGUUUCUUGUAGUUGGCCACCAGGUUUGCACACAUCUCAGAAGGGAUUUUGUCCCGCUCCUCUUUGCAGAUCUUCUCCAAGUCAUUAAGGUUUCGAGCCUGACGUUUGGCAACUCGAACCUUCAGCUCCCUCCACAGAUUUUCUAUGGGAUUAAGGUCUGGAGACUGGCUAGGCCACUCCAGGACCUUAAUGUGCUUCUUCUUGAGCCACUCCUUUGUUGCCUUGGCCGUGUGUUUUGGGUCAUUGUCAUGCUGGAAUACCCAUCCACGACCCAUUUUCAAUGCCCUGGCUGAGGGAAGGAGGUUCUCACCCAAGAUUUGACGGUACAUGGCCCCGUCCAUCGUCCCUUUGAUGCGGUGAAGUUGUCCUGUCCCCUUAGCAGAAAAACACCCCUAAAGCAUAAUGUUUCCACCUCCAUGUUUGACGGUGGGGAUGGUGUUCUUGGGGUCAUAGGCAGCAUUCCUCCUCCUCCAAACAUGGCGAGUUGAAUUAAUGCCAAAGAGCUCCAUUUUGGUCUCAUCUGACCACAACACUUUCACCCAGUUCUCCUCCAAAUCAUUCAGAUGUUCAUUGGCAAACUUCAGACGGGCCUGUAUAUGUGCUUUCUUGAGCAGGGGGACCUUGCGGGCGCUGCAGGAUUUCAGUCCUUCACGGCGUAAUGUGUUACCAAUUGUUUUCUCGUUGACUAUGGUCCCAGCUGCCUUGAGAUCAUUGACAAGAUCCUCCCGUGUAGUUCUGGGCUGAUUCCUCACCGUUCUCAUGAUCAUUGCAACUCCACGAGGUGAGUUCUUGCAUGGAGCCCCAGGCCGAGGGAGAUUGACAGUUAUUUUGUGUUUCUUCCAUUUGCGAAUAAUCGCAACUGUUGUCACCUUCUCACCAAGCUGCUUGGCGAUGGUCUUGUAGCCCAUUCCAGCCUUGUGUAGGUCUACAAUCUUGUCCCUGACAUCCUUGGAGAGCUCUUUGGUCUUGGCCAUGGUGUAGAGUUUGGAAUCUGCUUGAUUGAUUGCUUCUGUGGACAGGUGUAUUUUAUACAGGUAACAAGCUGAGAUUAGGAGCACUCCCUUUAAGAGUGUGCUCCUAAUCUCAGCACGUUACCUGUAUAAAAGACACCUGGGAGCCAGAAAUCUUUCUGAUUGAGAGGGGGUCAAAUACUUAUUUCCCUCAUUAAAAUGCAAAUCAAAUUAUAACAUUUUUGACAUGCGUUUUUCUGGAUUUUUUUGUUAUUCUGUCUCUCACUGUUCAAAUAAACCUACCCUUAAAAUUAUAGACUGAUCAUUUCUUUGUCAGUGGGCAAACGUACAAAAUCCGCAGGGGAUCAAAUACUUUUUUCCCUCACUGUAUAUAUAUAUAUAUAUAAAGUGAAGUUCACUAGCACUGCAGGGCACUGCUAGUACUGUAAACACAAUCACAACAUCCAAGUUGUUUUGCCUAAGAAGACUUGACUGUGUUUGGUUGAGUGUGGAGUUCACAACCAUUGGAAUGAACACAAGGGCCAAACACUUCCCAGCGUAAAUGCAUUGUAGUGAACUCCACACAGUUGUCUUAGGGCUGCAUGGAUUUGUCCACUUUGUACACAACUUCUAAAUCCCCCACUCUCACAGCCACAGAGAGCUGGGGCAAACACAGGCAGAUAAAGUCAACAAACACUUACUAUACAUAUAUGCACUUUCAUAGCAGGAGAACAUAUACCGCACCCUGAGAAAGCCUGAGAUAAACGAUAUCAAAUGCUGCAAUGUUGGGUCAUUCUCACAAAACUGUCAAAAAAUUAUAAUCUCAAGUGUCAUUUUUCUCAAAAUGUGCUUUUCAAUCACUGAGAUUAGGAUCUGUACUUAUCUAUUUCAUAAUUAUUAUUAUGUUUUUUAAUCAGAUAUGCAUUUUAACAAUAUUUUCACAAAAUUCUCAUUACCGUAACAGUUUUCGAAGUCCAAAAAAGUAAUAAAAAAAUAUAUAUUUUUUAUAUAUUUUUUUUAGAUUGCUCCCCUAAUGAAAAUACCAGAGUUAAACAAAACACUGAAAAUAAAAAUAUGUCUAAUGAAAUUAUUCAAUUGUUAUUAAAUUAAAUCGGACUUUUUCCCAAUUUGAGCUCUUUAACCGUUUCGGUAAUGAGAAGGCCAAGUGGGGUAAAGGGGGUGUUUGAGAAUAAGAACCUUUUCUGAAGGCAUAUAAGCGAAUACAUUAACUUAACUCGUGCUCAUCUAAGGACUACUCCUCUAGAUGAUCCAUCAUGGGUGAAUUAAACUUGAUUUAGUUUUUACAGGAACUUGACAAAGUGUUACGGUAAUGAGACACAUGUCCACAGACACUGUGUUCGUACGUAAUACAUAUUAUAGUUUAAUGUAAACUUCAACUAGUAUACAAUUUUUAUGAUUUAUGAAUAAACUACAGCAACAUAUUUUGUUUUAUUCAAAUAAGUUAGGUUUUUCUAAAUAAUGUUUUAAAUAAAAUGACCCGAACAUUUAAAAUGUAUUUAAAAUAAGACACUUUCCCCAAAACUAAAGAUCUUAGUCCUCAGAAUGUUAGUUGAUUUUUGCAGAAUGAUAGUUGAUUUUUGCAGAUGCAUCAUGGUUUUGUAACUCAAUUUGAUACAGACAUUUAAAAACUGGUUUCCUGAGUAUUACCCUGUUAAUUAAAUAAAGUCACUCCCCGUUCAGCAAGAUUGAUCCAUUUUGUAUGUUAGCCGAUAUUUCUGCACCAUUAUCUCAGUUUGCAAACACUUAAGGCGAAAGUAUGAUUUGGAAAGGAAAGGUGUGUGAAAAGACUAUUCCACUCAGAGGCUCCUGAAUAUAAAAAAGUACCUUUCCCUGUCAGACUUCUGAAAAGGGUUAAAGAGAGAGGGGUUUGUGUCAAGUUUCUGCCAGCCUUAAUCUGUGUACUCAAGGAUGUGGGAGGCCCUUGUUACCCAAAGCUCUGUGGCUCCACGGUGUUAAUUUGGGAGAUCAGUAUGAUAUAAAAGAGGAGGUUACUGCUCAACAUAAACAGACUUCUCUCACACAGUUUGUUAUGGAAAGAUUAUCACCACCAUUUAUUUUCCACUGACAUUCUUCCUGCUUGUUUUGCAUUGACCUAUAAAACGAUUACUGAAAUGUGUUGGUGUGAAACUGGUUUGUUUGUGUGUGAACCUUGAAGUGAAAUACAUCACAAAGGUUAGGUGCUUUGGAAAAUGUUUGUAAUACCUUGAUGGAUUUUAUAUAACAUCAUCCGUGCUUGGAUCUGCAAAACCUAAAGACGAUUAAUUCCAGUAUCCAGCAGAAAUUGAGUUUUUAUAGAAUAUUUUAGAAUUGAACUUAUGCUCACUGCUGAUCUAUCCACUCUCCAUCUGUCUUCUUCAGUCUUCUAUAAACAGACAGUUUUUGGGAAAUAUUGUUGCCUAAACAACUUCUCCCAUACGCUUUUUUCCCCUUCUACACUUGUGUUUGUCAAUGUUUUUCAAGAUACACAGUUCACCAUUUGUUUGGGUUCACAUAUAAUGAGACUGUCCCUGUGUUGUUACUGCUGAAUGCCAACCUCUCACUAACCCCCCCAUGUCCCUUCUCUCUCUCUCUCUCCUCAGGAUGAAUUCGAUAAGCUCCGUCACUUCUGCUACUCGCGCACCGAUGCCCUCCUCCUCUGCUUCAGUGUGGUCAGCCCUGCCUCCUUCCAGAACGUCUGGGAGAAGUGGGUCCCCGAGAUCCGCCGCCGCUGCCCACUCGCGCCCAUGCUGCUGGUGGGAACCCAGUGUGACCUGCGCGAGGACGUCAAGGUGCUGAUCGAGCUGGCCCGCCGGAGGGAGAGGCCCGUGGCCGAGGUGGACGCCCGCGCCCUGGCAGACAAAGUGGGCGCCGUGGCGUACGUGGAGUGCUCGGCGCUCACCCAGAAGAACCUGAAGGAGGUGUUUGACGCGGCCAUCGCCGUGGGGAUGAAGCACGCCGAUAGGAGGGCGCGGCGGGAGAGGAAGGUGCGCAGCACGGCCGAUAAGAUGAAGACACUGUCCAAGUCGUGGUGGAAGAAGUACGUCUGUAUCCAGUAGAGAGAGAAGAGGAGAGGGAUAUUGACUAUGACUAUGAAACUGGGACUGGAAACGUGUUCAGAUGAGCCUAUGUUUUUCAUAUGCAUUGAAGGACUUCUGUCUUAGCUCCGCUCAGAUGACCCCCACGUUGGUCAAAAUUAGGGUUGCAAAAUACCGGGAACUUUCAAUAAAUUCCCUGGUUUUCCCAAAAUCCCAGUUGGAGGAUUCCACGAAAUCAGAAGGGUAUAAGCAGGAAAUCCGGAAUCUUCCAACCAGGAUUUCUGGA